GAUCCCAUCGCCAUGGAUGCCACAUCGCGGGCAGACGAGGGGGCGCCUUUGCUCGAGUCGCCAUGGAUCCCGCUGCCCUCGCUUGAGCCACCACCGAAUCCCGUCGGGCUCCCUCCAAGCAGAUGCACCGCCGGGAUGCCUCCAUGGAGAGAUGAGGAGGACGGCUGGAUCUCGGUGGUGGUACAUCCCGGAGAAGAGCAACUCCAUGUCGCGGUUGCCAUAGCCACACUCGUCGCUGUUGACUUGCCUCUGCUCUUCCUCCUCUUCCCCAGCUCCUGCUCCUACGUCGCCUCGUCGCGGUCGCACACGCCGCGGGGUCUAGGGCGAGGAGGAAGGCAUCGCAAUGGAUGCGUCGGGGUUGGAGCUCGUCGAUGAGGCGCACGGUGGCCCAUGGCAGUGGGAUGGGGAGGGGUGGAGGCGGCAGGAGGUGGAGGUACACGCGGAGAGUGGCCGAAGGAUCCAUUCUUCUGGAUGUUGGGUGGCCAAAGGAUCCCUUCCUCUUCCCUGCAUCGCACAGCUGCCGCCAUCUCCGAUGAUGCCAACCGACGAGCCGCCGCAGCCCAUUCACAGCACGAAGGAGGCCAUGGACUCCCUCGACGUCAUCCUCGAUGAGGUGCUCCCGGGCUCCGUCGCCGCGGCCGACGACCCCACGACCGCGCUCCUGCACGAUGCCGACGUCGCCCACGCCAUAACUAGACACCUCCAGGGCACCAGAUCAGGCGUUGGGAACGACUGCCUAUGCCGCUGGCUCUACGACGCGUUCUGGUCCAGCGUCUCUGAGCUCCAGCUCGCGGUGCUGCGCUUCGUGCCUAUGCUCGCCAGCGUGUACAUGUGUCGUGCUGUGUCCCAGAAGCCACUGGCCGGGUUCGAGGCCAUGCUCCUCGCGUUGUACACGCACACCGCGACUCAACACGACGCCGGGGAGGCCGAGACCGUUGCACUCCUGAACCUAGCGAACCCGAGCCCGUACCACGAUGCCAAGGUGUCGCCCAAGGCCAAGCCCGCCGAGGUCGACGUCGCUGUGCUCUCCCUACUGCUGAAGUCGCACGGCAUCAUGCGUACGAGUUUUCAUGUGAAUCUGGAUUGUGCUGUAGCAUUCUUUAUCAUUUCUUGUCAUCUUGUGUGGAGCAAUGUGGCGUUGUUUGCUCUCCUUCGCGAGAUCUGUGCUGGCCACCAUCACGGAGAGAUGGAGUUGCCGCACAUCUGGUCCUGCAUGUCCCCGUUUGUACGUGGCUGCGCGGCAUCAUGGGCGUUCAUGGAGCGGCAAUCUCCGGCAAUGAGAAGAGCGACGCUGGAUUCUUUUGGAGUUGGUCGUACUGAAGCACAUUUAUCCUAG